AUGCAUCUCGUACUAACCGGCGCAACGGGUCUCGUGGGCUCUGCCGUCCUGCACCACAUGCUCAACGCGCCAUCAAUCCACAAAGUUACUAUUCUCUCGCGGCGGCCAGUCGCCCAGGCUACAGGCCACGAGAAGGUAAAUGUUAUAAUCCAUAGAGACUUCGCCAACUACGCGAGCUCGGUGUUAGAUCAAGUCAAAGAUGCGGAUGGUGUGGUAUGGGCACAAGGAAUCAGCCAGACGAAAGUUUCGAAGGAAGCCUACGAAGAGAUAACAUACACCUAUCCCCUCGCAUUCGCCCGCGCCCUCGCAGAAACCACCUCACCUAAGCCCCUCAACUUCGUCUACGUCUCCGGCGAGGGAGCAACCACAACGCCCUCGUCGCUCACCCCGCGUUUUGGCAUCGUUAAAGGCCGCGCAGAAAAGGACCUGCUUGCGCUUUCUAAGGAUCCCGAACAUCAGAAUCUGAGACCAUAUAGUUUGCGUCCAGCAGGCGUAGAUCCUGGUCACCAUCAGGAGAUUCAUGAGUUUUUGCCAGAGAAAAAUGUUUUGGAAAAGGUCAUGUUUGGUCCGGUAUUAUCUGUUCUAAGGAGUGUUGCGAAUGGGUUCACGAGUCCUACGAGGGAGUUGGGGAAGGUGCUGACAGACUUGGCGGCUGGGGAUGGGGCACCGAUUGAGGGCACGGGUGUGGUUGAGGAGGGGAGGACGGUUACGAAUCUAUCAGGAAAUAUUUCUUAG